AUGGCUCCAAAUUCCCAAGCCAUCGGAGGUUAUCUCUCAUCCCUGUUCGGCCUCGCCGGCAGGGUUGCCGUCGUAACGGGAGGCAGCUCUGGAAUUGGACGCGAAAUGGCCAUUGCUCUGGGCCGCGCUGGCUGUCGCCUCGUUCUUGUUGCUCGACGAUCAGGGCCUUUGCAAGAAACCAUCAACAAGCUGGCUGAAUACCACGUUGAAGCGUCUUCCGUGACAGCAGACUUGGCGGACCAGGCGUCUCUGAAGGGCGCGAUUGACACGAUAACGUCGAGUGUUGGAUUUCCGGACAUCCUCGUCAAUGCUGCCGGAGUAAACGACCGACCUCACAUGAAUGACCUCUCUCAAAAAGUCUGGGACAACACCAUCGCCGCGAACCUCACAGCACCGUUCAUCCUGGGUCAAGCAUUCGGGCCAAAGAUGGCAUCGAAGGGAUAUGGACGCAUCAUCAACGUCAUUAGUCAACAGAGCUUCCGUGCAUACGGAAAUAGCGGCGCAUACGGUGCCUCCAAGGGAGGCCUUUUGUCUUUGACGCGGUCUCAGGCGGAGGCUUGGUCUCGACAAGGUGUCCUGUGCAACGCUGUUGCGCCGGGCGUGGUGGAAACACCUUUAACAGCACCUGUGUUUAGUGACGCCGCAAAGGUUGAGGCACAUGCUGCUCGAACGAUGAUAGGACGGAACGGUAUUCCCAAGGACUUUGCAGGAGUUGUUGUAUACCUAGCCAGCGAGGCGAGUGCUGCAGUGACGGGACAGACUAUCUUUGUGGAUGGUGGAUAUUCAGCCACUUGA